GGAUGGGAGGGCUCUGGAGCAGCAGCGCUGCUGACGUGCUGCCGGAGCUGCAGUGACUCCGCAAUGGCUGAGCCUGCCGGCGCUGAGCGCAUCCCGCAGCCUGCCGGGGAAACCUGUCCUUAACUCCUCCGACUGCUCGCAUCCGCGCUCGGCUACCUGGUGCCCUGCCCUGCUGAGCCUGCACAGGGACAGGGACAGGGACAGGGACAGUGCCUCUGCUGUGGCUGGACCAUGAGGGACAGAGCGAGGCACUGAGGGUCACCAGCCAGGAGCAGUGCCACCCACCUUGACAGGAUUGCUUUGAAAAGGCCCCAGAAGAUGUGAGCAGCGAGCAGCAGCGAGGGCCCCCUCAGCAUGGCCAAGAGGGGCUCCAGCAGCCGCGCCAGGGGGGACAAGCCCGACGCCCUGGCUGCCCUGCAGGCUGCCAACGAGGAGCUGCGGGCCAAGCUCACCGACAUCCAGAUCGAGCUCCAGCAGGAGAAGAGCAAGGUCAGCAAGUUGGAAAGGGAGAAAAAUCAGGAAGUGAAGCAGAUCAAGGAGCACGAGCAGCAUAAAAGCACAGUGGUGGUCACAGAGCUCAAAGUCAAACUCCACGAAGACAAAAUGAAAGAGCUCCAGGCUGUCCGAGAAACUCUCCUGAGGCAGCACGAAGCCGAGCUGCUCAGAGUGAUCAAAAUCAAGGACAACGAGAUCCAGAGGCUGCAGACUCUGCUGAACGCCGUGCGCGACGGGGCCCCCGACAAGGUGAAGACCGUGCUGCUGAGCGAGGCCAAGGAGGAGGCCAAGAAGGGCUUCGAGGUGGAGAAAAUCAAAAUGCAGCAGGAGAUCUCCGAGCUGAAGGGCGCCAAGAAGCAGGUGGAGGAGGCCCUGACCAUGGUGAUCCAGGCUGACAAGAUGAAGGCAGCGGAGAUCCGGAGCGUGUACCACCUGCACCAGGAGGAGAUCACGCGCAUCAAGAGGGAGUGCGAGCGCGAGAUCCGCAGGCUGAUGGAGGAGAUUAAGUUUAAGGACAGAGCAGUCUUCGUGCUGGAGAGAGAGUUAGGGGUGCGAGCCGGGCAUGCUCAGAGACUGCAGCUCCAAAAGGAGGCUUUAGAUGAACAACUGUCCCAGCUCAAAGAGUCUGACCGGCAUCUGAGCAGCCCCAAGCGGGAACUUCCUUAUGCAAGUGGUGCAGGAGACGCUUCAGAUCAUUCGGGAAGCCCCGAACAGCAGUUGGAUGAAAAGGACGCGCGGCGCUUCCAGCUGAAAAUCGCGGAGCUGAGCGGGAUCAUCCGCAAGCUGGAGGACAGGAACGCGCUGCUGUCGGAGGAGAGGAACGAGCUGCUGAAACGUCUCAGAGAAGCAGAAAGUCAGUAUAAGCCCAUUUUGGACAAAAACAAACGCCUCAGUAGGAAGAAUGAGGAGUUGUCACAUGCCUUACGUCGAAUGGAAAACAAACUGAAAUUUGUGACGCAGGAAAACAUCGCCAUGAGGCAAAGAAGUGGAGCAAUAAGGAGACCAAGCUCCCUAAAUGACCUCGACCACAGCCAGGAAGAAAGGGAAGUGGAUUUCCUGAGACUACAAGUCAUUGAGCAGCAGAACAUCAUUGAUGAGCUCUCCAAGACCCUGGAGACUGCUGGCUAUGUGAAGAGUGUCAUGGAACGUGAUAAGCUGCUACGGUUCAGGAAGCAAAGGAAAAAAAUGACAAGAAUUCCUAAGAAGCCAGUGGUGGAGACGUUCUAUGGCUAUGAUGAGGAGGCGUCCCUGGAGUCUGAUGGUUCCUCCAUCUCCUACCAAACGGACCGGACCGACCAGACCCCCUGCACGCCCGAGGACGACCUGGAAGAGGGCAUGGCCAAGGAGGAGACGGAGCUGCGGUUCCGGCAGCUGACCAUGGAGUACCAGGCGCUGCAGCGCGCCUACGCCCUGCUGCAGGAGCAGGUCGGGGGCACCCUGGAUGCUGAGCGGGAAGUCAAGACGCGUGAGCAGCUCCAAGCAGAAAUUCACCGGUCCCAGGCUCAGAUAGAAGACCUGGAGAAGGCUCUGGCUGAGCAGGGACAGGACAUGAAGUGGAUUGAGGAGAAGCAGGCGUUGUACAGAAGGAAUCAGGAGCUGGUAGAAAAGAUCAGGCAGAUGGAGGCAGAGGAGGCACGGCUCAAGCACGACGUGCAGGACGCCAAGGACCAGAACGAGCUGCUGGAGUUCAGGAUCCUGGAGCUGGAGGAGAGGGAGCGGCGGUCCCCGGCCAUCACCUUCCACCACGGCCCCUUCACGGAGGGGAAGAGCCCCCUGCAGGUGUACUGCGAGGCUGAAGGUGUAACAGACAUUGUAGUGGCAGAGCUGAUGAAAAAGUUGGACAUUUUAGGGGAUAACGCCGUAAGUAAUCUGACCAACGAGGAGCAGGUGGUCAUCAUCCAGGCCAGGACUGUCCUCACGCUGGCUGAGAAGUGGCUCCAGCAGAUCGAGGUGACCGAGUCUGCGCUGCAGCAGAAGAUGCUGGACCUGGAGAACGAGAAGGAGCUGUUCAGCAAGCAGAAGGGAUACCUGGACGAUGAGCUGGACUUCAGGAAACAGUCCCUGGACCAGGCUCACAAGCAAAUUCUGGAAUUAGAAGCCAUGCUCUAUGAUGCCCUGCAGCAAGAAGCUGGAGCCAAAAUUUCCGAACUUCUUUCAGAAGAGGAGAAGGAGAAGCUGAAGAGCGCCGUGGAGCAGUGGAAGCGGCAGGUGAUGAGCGAGCUCCGCGAGAGGGACGCCCAGAUCCUGCGCGAGAGGAUGGAGCUCGUCCAGCACGCCCAGCAGAGAAUUAAAGAGCUAGAAGAAAGAAUUGAAGGCCAAAAAAGACAAAUAAAAGAGUUAGAGGAAAAGCUUUCAUUCUUUGGUCAUAGUCCUUCAGGCCACAUGCACAAGCCCCUGAGGCCGCUGCAGCUGCUCCUGCUGUUCCUGCCUGAGGGACAGCCCUGCUUCCCCAGACCCACACAGAGACUUUGCCUCUUCCACCCUUGGAUCUGUCUCGUUGUGUGCUGCUGGCCAGGGCAGCUGCAGCCUGUGGGACUUGCACGGGGCUGAGCUGGGCUGGGGGGAGUCCCUGCACCCCUAAAACCCCCGAGGAGCCUUUGGAGAGGACAGGACUGAGCCCACCAAGGAAACCAAGAACUCCGAGAACUCUGCUGCUGCCUCAGAACUGAGCCCACCAAGGAAACCAAGAGCUCUGCUGCUGCCUCUCUGCAGCCCAGGCUCUCUGCAGGGCCAGGCUCUGACAGCAGCACCAUCUCUGAUUCAGAUACACUGAAUUUAUCCCGGUUCCCUGCUAAGCAGGUGGCAAAUUGCUUCUGUGCAGAAGUGCCCCUGUCCUGUCUGUGUGCCACACGCUCGUGUUUGUUCCACAGUUCUUCAAAAAUCUGUCUUGCAAGAAGUGUUCCAGAGGAGUAGCUCAUGAAAAGAUGGAAGUGAGUGAAAAUGAAGUGGUUUGUUCCAAGGAGUUUCUCCGUUGCACAGGGUAUGUCCCAUGCUUUGCUGAAUAUCCCACAAGCCCAGUUUUAGGGAAAAUGUAAAGCUAUGUUCAGGAAACCAAGCUCUAAUUAUUUUUUGAGUUGUCAGUAAACCAUGAUGAGAAAAAUUAUGCAAUAAUUUAUAAUUGGCUGUCCCUGAACAAUGACAAAAGGCUCAACACUGUUCCAGCAAAAAAUUCAGCCUGGAAAAGACUGAACUAAACCAGAUUAUCCCUGAUCCAUGUGCACUGGGCUGGGAGAGGGAACAGAAGAUGUCCUCAGCUGGAAGGUGUCCUCACCUCAGCGAAAGGAAGCCUAAGUCCCACAGAGCCCGAGCCUGGGAGGCUGGCACAGGAAACAGGAAGGCAAAAGAAUCCUCUAGAAAAACAGGAGAAGAGGGGAAAACCCAGAAGAAAUUCCAGAGUGUGAUUGACCGUGUUGGAUCCACAGCCGAGCACAGAAAUGCAGGGCUGUGGGGCAAGGCCAGGGAUGAAGACGAAGCCAGGACCAAGGCCAGGGAUGAAGGUCAAAGCCAGGACCAAGGCCAGGGAUGAAGGAUGAAGCCAGGACCAAGGCCAGGGAUGAAGGUCAAAGCAAGGACCAAGGCCAGGGAUGAAGGAUGAAGCCAGGACCAAGGCCAGGGAUGAAGAACAAGGUCAGGAUCAAGGCCAGGGAUGAAGGUCAAAGCCAGGACCAAGGCCAGAGAUGAGGAACGAGGCCAGGACCAAGGCCAGGGAUGGAGGACGAAGCCAGGAACAAGGCCAGGACCAAGGCCAGGGAUGUGGAACAAGGCCAGGACCAAGGCCAGGGAUGGAGGACGAAGCCAAUAACAAGGCCAGGGAUGAGGAGCGAAGCCAGGGAUGAGGAACUAGGCCAGGACCAAGGCCGGGGAUGAGGAACUAGGCCAGGACCAAGGCCAGGGAUGAAGAACAAAGCCAGGACCAAGGCCAGGAGCGAGGUGCUGCCACCAGCCAGGGUCCCGUGUGCCCAUCCCCUGGGAGCAUGGGCAGGAAGGGAUCAGAGCUCUGGACAGGUACCUGCGCUGCUGGAGUUUGUAAAGCUAUGAAGAAAACCCCUGGAUAUUGAAAUUCUUCAACCUCUUCCUGUGCUUGUACAUCGACGGUGCUUUAACCCAGCACUGGGAGCUCAGCUGCAGAAACACAAGGAAGGGAUUUGGUCAGAGAAGAGUGGUAUUUGAACCACAGGGAUGCAAUGUUUUAAGGCCAAGGUUGUGGAUGUUGAUAUCAGCAUACGAUUCUGUCAUGGAAUUGAUUUAACAAGCUCCGAUUCUACCAGAUACCAAUGCCAGUGCUGGCAUUCUGGGAUGAGCUGCAUUUUUGCUUCUGCAUUUCAAGCCUAAACGAGUUCAUUUUGAGUUCCACUGAAAUACUUCAUGUCUUAAAAUACUGUAUUCACUGCAGGAAGCCCUGCAGGUGGUGGCUGAGGUGACAAAGGGCACGUUAGGAAGGGGCUUGAGUCCAUCUCAUGGCUCUUCACUGGGGAUGUGCUCUUGCCCGGUGUGUCCGUGUGUCUCAAAUACCGGUUCUGUUUUCCCAUUAACUUCCUUGAUCCUGGGGGUUUUGCGUACAAAGCCAAUUGUACAGGACAGGCUUGUGUGUAAAUAAGGGAUUGCGCUUAUCUAUAUGUCACUAUAAAUAUGUAUGAAGUUUUGUACAUAGGAAAGAGAAAACGGCUCAAAGAAUGUUUUCAGAACUGUGUCCUCCGUUUAAAUGCACAGACAGGAGAUUGCCAUCCGUGUGCUCCCUCACUCUCCGGGAAGGGAUCCUGCUGGUUCUGCUCGCUGUCUGCAUCCCACCGGCUCUGUGAGGAGUUUGUGGUGGCCCUGAGCAGGGCUGGGCUCUGUGUGAGAAGAUUUUGUUAACCCGGAGCAGGGCUGGGCUCUGUGUGAGGAGUUUUUGGUAGCCCGGAGCCGGGCUGGGCUCUGUGUGAGGAGGCUUUUGGUUGCCCGGGGCCGGGCUGGGCUCUGUGUGAGGAGGUUUUUGGUAGCCCGGGGCCGGGCUGGGCUCUGUGUCAGGAGGUUUUUGGUAGCCCGGAGCGGGGCUGGGCUCUGUGUCAGGAGGUUUUUGGUACCCCGGAGCCAGGCUGGGCUCUGUGUGAGGAGUUUUUGGUAGCCCAGGGCCAAGCUGGGCUCUGUGUCAGGAGGUGUUUGGUAGCCCAGAGCCGGGCUGGGCUCUGUGUCAGGAGGUUUUGGUACCCCGGAGCCAGGCUGGGCUCUGUGUCAGGAGGUUUUUGGUAGCCCGGGCCGGGCUGAGCCGUGCCGGGUCUCGGCCGCUCCUCCUCACUCUGGCCCCGGUGCAUCCCUUGCCAACACCGUCUCCAAGCCCCGGCCCGGGGCGCUCCCGCGGUCCCUCGGUGCCCGGUGCGGGGCAGCAGCCGGAGCAGGGGGUGCCGGGGCCGCCCCCGCCCCAAACCCGCUGCUGUCUGUGUGUGUGCCAGGCGUGGACUGCUUGUUCCAGCUGCGGAGGAUGCGGCUGUUAUUUCCAGUAUUCUGCUCUAUAUCUGUAGCCUUCAGUGAUUCCUUGAGUGCCUUACGUGGCUUGUGGACAGAAUUCCUGACCAGGAGGAAGAAAUGCCCCUGGACCGCCGCCGGCUCCUUCGCACCCUGUGCCCCUGGCCGGCAGCGUGCACGGGAAGAGAUUUAGCUUCGACUCAGGAAAUCGCCGUGUGAAUAUGUGUAUUAAACCCUGUAUGAUGUGCUGUACAGUUUAUUAAAAGGGACUGCUGUAAACUUAUGCAAAACGUAACACAGAGAAGAUGGAGGUUUUUGGUGCACCGGCUGGAGUGCCGUGACCCGUGUCCUCUAAUCCUACUCCAGAAUCAUAUCCCAAAUACAGAACGCUGGGUUCAGUGCUGCGGCAGCAACCGACAGCCCGAAAACAGGGGCUGGAGAGACCGACUAGAGAAUUUUACAGAUAUUUUUGUAUUGUGAUUCCUAUGAUAUAUAUCGAGAGACUUUCUAUUCCUUUGUAAAAUACAUAAAUUAUUGUCAAUUUUAAUUAAAAAGAUCUGUUUUAAACCUUCAAA